UUGACGCUCGAGGCCAUCAAGUCAGCGCCCGACACUGUGGCCAUGCCCGCCGUGCGGUUCUGGUCAGCAAAUCAACCAGUGCACACACACAUAGAACAGCCCACAAAGAGAGUCCCAGCUCACCGCUACGUUCGUUCCGGCGUUGCUGUGUGUCCUUCAUAUCGAUUGUGUGCGAUGAGGAGCUACUUGUCGAGAAGUUGGACGACCUACGGCGGCGAUUCGGAGAGGCCGACAGAAUGUGGCUCAAUGAGCAGGUACGUGCGUGCGGUGUGCUGUCUUCACUGCAUCAUGCACCAUCCUGUAUGUGCUGUGCUGUGAUACGUCGUGUUGUGUUGUGUCGUGUCGUGUCGUGGUGUGGUGUGGUGCAGGAACCAGUUUCCCAUGCCCUGAUAAAGCUGUUGUCGUCCGCGCACCGCCCCUCUGUGAGCAAGCGCGCCAUCGCGUCCAUCGGCGUGGACGGUGUGGUGUGUGUGGUGUGUGCAGAUGAGGCCGUACCUGCACAAGAUUAUCCACAAGGCGCUGGCUUUGGCACAGCACGACCCGCAUGCCCACUGGCCGGAUGAGGACGACGACUCGUCGUGGCUAGUCAGAAGCGCUGCCCUGCAGGUGAGUCACCUACCGGGGAAGGAUGCUGUGAUGCGUCCGUCGUCUUGUGUCACGCGUGUCAUGUUGGUGUGGUAUGUAUCUGUAGGUCCUGUCGGUGUUGAUCCAGUCGCAGCCCGACCGCUUUGAGGAGCUCUACAAGACCGUGACGGGCCCCCUGCUCACACGCCUUCCCCUCGAGUGGAAGCAGACCGUCCGAGUCAAGGUCUUCCGUGUCGUAGGCGACCUCCUCGAAGCCGCCGUGAUGCACCAAGUAAACCACACACACACGCGCGCCCUCAUGUGCAUUGGGCCACUCUUGGUUCUGUGUGUGUUAUAUAAUGAAUCCACCGGUCCGUUGAAUUGAUUCUCAGGGCAGCUGUGGUGAGCGAUGGCUGAGUGGCGAGACGGGCCAGCAGGAGGGGCACAAGGCGGCCCUGCCGCCCCAACGGCCGGGCGCAGCGCUGUUCGUCCGGAAACUCACCCUCGCUGACGCGUUCACAGGUAAGACGGCCACCACAGCCCAGACAGACAUGGGAAGAGGACCUUUCUUGUCUGUGUGUGGUCAGUGUUCCGUCAGUAUUACGGCGACUCGUCUUCCCUGGCUCAUCGGCACGCUGCACUGGAGCUCUUCAAGAGGAUGGCCCGGAGUAUGCCCGCGGCGCUCGAGCCCGAGCUGCCCAAGAUGCUCCCCGAGCUGACCAAGACCCUUCAGGACUCCCCCAGCAGCCUGCGACUGGACACACUGGUGCUCCUCUCCCUCCAGGCCCGCCACUUCCAUGUCAGUCAGCCAGCCAGCCAGCCAGCAAACAGAGAGCGAUCGACACGUGUGUGUGUGGGUGUGGGUGUGGGUGUGGUGGUGGUGCAUUCAUUGUGUGUGUGCUGUCGGUUGUACGUAUGUGUGUGCAGGACCCCAGGGUCCUCCGCAGCAUGGCGCCCACUCUCUUCCCCCUCCUCUUGCAUCUGAUGGACGACACUUGCCCCGCGGUCGCCUCCCACUCGCUCCGUGUGUGCGGUGCGUACGUGUAUGCGCUGCGCCUGGACCCCCCGUCACCCCUGUGCAAGGGGGGCGAGAAGUGCGUGCACAGCCUGUGGGAGGCCGUUCACCGGAAGCUGGCACACGAGGACACCGCCCGGUAAGUACGCAGGGAGGCAGGGAGGCAGGGAGGGAGGGCAGCAGAGCAGGGCAGAGCAGAGCAUGAGAACCUCUCUGUCGCUGUCUGUCUGUCUGUCUGUCUGUCUGUGUCUGUGUGUCGGCACGCAGGAGGUCAAGGACGCCGCCACGUCUUGCUUGCGGCACAUAAUCAACGUGGCCCCAGCAUUCGCAUCAAAGCCAGCCCGUGGGGGCCGCUACUGCCGCGGGACCAAGCCGCAAACCACCGGCACCACAGCACCCCCAGUCGCCAUCCAGAACACCAGGCUCGUGCGGCGCUUCCAGCGGCAGACAACCGGCGUCGUCUACGGCCGACCCAAGUGAGCCGACGGAGUACUCGGCGGCAGGACUUCCGGUGUGCAGCGUGGCGGCAGG